AGUCAGUAAACGGUGUUGGAUGUGGGUUUUGAGUCUCCCUGCAACGUACAAUACUACACUUGUCAACCAGAACAGUAAGGAGAAGCAAGACAUGACAUGAUUGAUGACUGAUGUCAACUGCUUUUGAACAAACUAGCAACAAUUUGGACAUCAGCACUACAGUGAUCAACGUGCUAAUGAUCAUAGGAAGAGCAGUGUGGCCAAUAAAGGAAUGGCAAUAACAAAGAAUGGGCUGAGUGUCCUUGUUCUCCUGGUGACAUGCUCUGUUUUGGAAACACGGGAAUUCAUUGAGAUUUCAAGCCUUUUUUCACAGGGAUUCAACACAGAGUACAACCCACAUCUGUCACAUGUUAGGGAAAAAAGAGCAGUGUUAUCCAAUCGCUGGAACUACAUAAUUGAUGUUGAAGUGAACGUGUCAGACAUCAAAACAAUAGAGCAAAUUAAGUCAGCUGUGAAUUCAACAAGUCUUCCCCUCACUAUCAACAACUCCACUGAAAUCUCUGCUGUAGACAUCACUACUGUGUGCUACCCAUAUGGUACUGGAUUCCAGUGCAGAUGUGAGGACCAGUAUCGUUGGUCAUAUAACAACUGUGUCACAUAUGGAUCCUGUGAUGACAUCACUGGUGACACAUGUGGAUGUAUCAAUGCCAAUCCAGCAGAUGGACAGUACUGCCAGCCAUACACAAAACCUGUAACUCUUCUGGAGUACUUUGUGGAAGUUGAGGUCAAUGUCAAUGACUUAAAAGCCAUAGACGAACCGAAGAACCUUCUGAAAAACCUCAGUUUACCAUUCGCACUUAGUAGCAUGAUCAACAUCACUGAUAUCAACAUUACUACAGUGUGCUACCCAAAUGGAACUGGAUUCCAGUGCAGAUGUGAGGACCAGUAUCGUUGGUCGUGUAACAAUUGCGCCAUCUAUGGGGCAUGUGAAGAAAAUACAGAUAAACCCUGUAGCUGUAUUAAUGCAAUUCCUUCUGAUGGAGAGUACUGCCAGUCGGUUCAAAACCCAAAUUUUACAGCAUGUCCAACCACAACAGCCUCUCCUUCAACAGUUCCAACAGUACCACCAACUCUCUAUGAGUACAUGAUUGAAAUUGAAGUGAACACCACAGACGUUACAGUGAUAGAUCAACUGAGAGCCAUUCUGAGAAAUGCUAUUUACCCUGUCAGAAUCAAUAAUCUGAAUCAAAUCACUGGUGUUAACAUGUCUACAGUUUGCUUCCCAAAUGGUACUGGAUUCCAGUGCAGAUGUGAGGACCAGUAUCGUUGGUCAUGUGACCAGUGUGUCUUUUACGGGAAAUGUGAUGACAUCACAUCUGACACGUGUGGAUGUAUCAAUGCCAUUCCUACAGAUGGACAGUACUGCCAGUCUGUUCUCCACCAAAACUUUACAGCAUGUCCAACAACAACAGCCUCUCCUACAACAGUUCCAACAGUACCACCAACUCUCUAUGAGUACAUGAUUGAAAUUGAACUGAACACCACAGACGUUACAGUGAUAGAUCAACUGAGAGCCAUUCUGAGAAAUGCUAUUUACCCUGUCAGAAUCAAUAAUCUGAAUCAAAUCACUGGUGUUAACAUGUCUACAGUUUGCUUCCCAAAUGGUACUGGAUUCCAGUGCAGAUGUGAGGACCAGUAUCGUUGGUCAUGUGACCAGUGUGUCUCUUUUGGGAAUUGUGAUGACAUCACAUCUGACACGUGUGGAUGUAUCAAUGCCAUUCCUCCAGAUGGACAGUACUGCCAGUCUGUUCUCCACCAAAACUUUACAGCAUGUCCAACAACAACAGCCUCUCCGACAACAGUUCCAACAGUACCACCAACUCUCUAUGAGUACAUGAUGGAAAUUGAACUGAACACCACAGACGUCACAGUGAUAGAUCAACUGAGAGCCAUUCUGAGAAAUGCUAUUUACCCUGUCAGAAUCAAUAAUCUGACACAAAUCACUGGUGUUAACAUGUCUACAGUUUGCUUCCCAAAUGCUACUGGAUUCCAGUGCAGAUGUGAGGACCAGUAUCGUUGGUCAUGUGACCAGUGUGUCUCUUUUGGGAAUUGUGAUGACAUCACAUCUGACACGUGUGGAUGUAUCAAUGCCAUUCCUCCAGAUGGAGAGUACUGCCAGUCUGUUCUCCACCAAAACUUCACAGCAUGUCCAACAACAACAGCCUCUCCUACAACAGUUCCAACAGUACCACCAACUCUCUAUGAGUACAUGAUGGAAAUUGAAGUGAACACCACAGACGUUACAGUGAUAGAUCAACUGAGAGCCAUUCUGAGAAAUGCUAUUUACCCUGUCAGAAUCAAUAAUCUGACACAAAUCACUGGUGUUAACAUGUCUACAGUUUGCUUCCCAAAUGCUACUGGAUUCCAGUGCAGAUGUGAGGACCAGUAUCGUUGGUCAUGUGACCAGUGUGUCUCUUUUGGGAAUUGUGAUGACAUCACAUCUGACACGUGUGGAUGUAUCAAUGCCAUUCCUACAGAUGGACAGUACUGCCAGUCUGUUCUCCACCAAAACUUCACAGCAUGUCCAACAACAACAGCCUCUCCUACAACAGUUCCAACAGUACCACCAACUCUCUAUGAGUACAUGAUUGAAAUUGAACUGAACACCACAGACGUUACAGUGAUAGAUCAACUGAGAGCCAUUCUGAGAAAUGCUAUUUACCCUGUCAGAAUCAAUAAUCUGAAUCAAAUCACUGGUGUUAACAUGUCUACAGUUUGCUUCCCAAAUGGUACUGGAUUCCAGUGCAGAUGUGAGGACCAGUAUCGUUGGUCAUGUGACCAGUGUGUCUCUUUUGGGAAUUGUGAUGACAUCACAUCUGACACGUGUGGAUGUAUCAAUGCCAUUCCUCCAGAUGGACAGUACUGCCAGUCUGUUCUCCAACAAAACUUUACAGCAUGUCCAACAACAACAGCCUCUCCGACAACAGUUCCAACAGUACCACCAACUCUCUAUGAGUACAUGAUGGAAAUUGAAGUGAACACCACAGACGUUACAGUGAUAGAUCAACUGAGAGCCAUUCUGAGAAAUGCUAUUUACCCUGUCAGAAUCAAUAAUCUGACACAAAUCACUGGUGUUAACAUGUCUACAGUUUGCUUCCCAAAUGGUACUGGAUUCCAGUGCAGAUGUGAGGACCAGUAUCGUUGGUCAUGUGACCAGUGUGUCUCUUUUGGGAAUUGUGAUGACAUCACAUCUGACACGUGUGGAUGUAUCAAUGCCAUUCCUCCAGAUGGACAGUACUGCCAGUCUGUUCUCCACCAAAACUUUACAGCAUGUCCAACAACAACAGCCUCUCCGACAACAGUUCCAACAGUACCACCAACUCUCUAUGAGUACAUGAUUGAAAUUGAACUGAACACCACAGACGUUACAGUGAUAGAUCAACUGAGAGCCAUUCUGAGAAAUGCUAUUUACCCAGUCAGAAUCAAUAAUCUGAAUCAAAUCACUGGUGUUAACAUGUCUACAGUUUGCUUCCCAAAUGGUACUGGAUUCCAGUGCAGAUGUGAGGACCAGUAUCGUUGGUCAUGUGACCAGUGUGUCUCUUUUGGGAAUUGUGAUGACAUCACAUCUGACACGUGUGGAUGUAUCAAUGCCAUUCCUACAGAUGGACAGUACUGCCAGUCUGUUCACCACCAAAACUUCACAGCAUGUCCAACAACAACAGCCUCUCCUACAACAGUUCCAACAGUACCACCGACUCUCUAUGAGUACAUGAUUGAAAUUGAAGUGAACACCACAGACGUUACAGUGAUAGAUCAACUGAGAGCCAUUCUGAGAAAUGCUAUUUACCCUGUCAGAAUCAAUAAUCUGAAUCAAAUCACUGGUGUUAACAUGUCUACAGUUUGCUUCCCAAAUGGUACUGGAUUCCAGUGCAGAUGUGAGGACCAGUAUCGUUGGUCAUGUGACCAGUGUGUCUCUUUUGGGAAUUGUGAUGACAUCACAUCUGACACGUGUGGAUGUAUCAAUGCCAUUCCUCCAGAUGGACAGUACUGCCAGUCUGUUCUCCACCAAAACUUUACAGCAUGUCCAACAACAACAGCCUCUCCGACAACAGUUCCAACAGUACCACCAACUCUCUAUGAGUACAUGAUGGAAAUUGAAGUGAACACCACAGACGUUACAGUGAUAGAUCAACUGAGAGCCAUUCUGAGAAAUGCUAUUUACCCUGUCAGAAUCAAUAAUCUGAAUCAAAUCACUGGUGUUAACAUGUCUACAGUUUGCUUCCCAAAUGGUACUGGAUUCCAGUGCAGAUGUGAGGACCAGUAUCGUUGGUCAUGUGACCAGUGUGUCUCUUACGGGAAAUGUGAUGACAUCACAUCUGACACGUGUGGAUGUAUCAAUGCCAUUCCUACAGAUGGACAGUACUGCCAGUCUGUUCUCCACCAAAACUUCACAGCAUGUCCAACAACAACAGCCUCUCCUACAACAGUUCCAACAGUACCACCAACUCUCUAUGAGUACAUGAUUGAAAUUGAACUGAACACCACAGACGUUACAGUGAUAGAUCAACUGAGAGCCAUUCUGAGAAAUGCUAUUUACCCUGUCAGAAUCAAUAAUCUGAAUCAAAUCACUGGUGUUAACAUGUCUACAGUUUGCUUCCCAAAUGGUACUGGAUUCCAGUGCAGAUGUGAGGACCAGUAUCAUUGGUCAUGUGACCAGUGUGUCUCUUUUGGGAAUUGUGAUGACAUCACAUCUGACACGUGUGGAUGUAUCAAUGCCAUUCCUCCAGAUGGACAGUACUGCCAGUCUGUUCUCCACCAAAACUUUACAGCAUGUCCAACAACAACAGCCUCUCCUACAACAGUUCCAACAGUACCACCAACUCUCUAUGAGUACAUGAUUGAAAUUGAACUGAACACCACAGACGUUACAGUGAUAGAUCAACUGAGAGCCAUUCUGAGAAAUGCUAUUUACCCAGUCAGAAUCAAUAAUCUGAAUCAAAUCACUGGUGUUAACAUGUCUACAGUUUGCUUCCCAAAUGGUACUGGAUUCCAGUGCAGAUGUGAGGACCAGUAUCGUUGGUCAUGUGACCAGUGUGUCUCUUUUGGGAAUUGUGAUGACAUCACAUCUGACACGUGUGGAUGUAUCAAUGCCAUUCCUACAGAUGGACAUUACUGCCAGUCUGUUCUCCACCAAAACUUUACAGCAUGUCCAACAACAACAGCCUCUCCUACAACAGUUCCAACAGUACCACCAACUCUCUAUGAGUACAUGAUUGAAAUUGAACUGAACACCACAGACGUUACAGUGAUAGAUCAACUGAGAGCCAUUCUGAGAAAUGCUAUUUACCCUGUCAGAAUCAAUAAUCUGAAUCAAAUCACUGGUGUUAACAUGUCUACAGUUUGCUUCCCAAAUGGUACUGGAUUCCAGUGCAGAUGUGAGGACCAGUAUCGUUGGUCAUGUGACCAGUGUGUCUCUUUUGGGAAUUGUGAUGACAUCACAUCUGACACGUGUGGAUGUAUCAAUGCCAUUCCUCCAGAUGGACAGUACUGCCAGUCUGUUCUCCAACAAAACUUUACAGCAUGUCCAACAACAACAGCCUCUCCGACAACAGUUCCAACAGUACCACCAACUCUCUAUGAGUACAUGAUUGAAAUUGAACUGAACACCACAGACGUUACAGUGAUAGAUCAACUGAGAGCCAUUCUGAGAAAUGCUAUUUAUCCUGUCAGAAUCAAUAAUCUGAAUCAAAUCACUGGUGUUAACAUGUCUACAGUUUGCUUCCCAAAUGGUACUGGAUUCCAGUGCAGAUGUGAGGACCAGUAUCGUUGGUCAUGUGACCAGUGUGUCUCUUACGGGAAAUGUGAUGACAUCACAUCUGGCACGUGUGGAUGUAUCAAUGCCAUUCCUACAGAUGGACAGUACUGCCAGUCUGUUCUCCACCAAAACUUUACAGCAUGUCCAACAACAACAGCCUCUCCUACAACAGUUCCAACAGUACCACCAACUCUCUAUGAGUACAUGAUUGAAAUUGAACUGAACACCACAGACGUUACAGUGAUAGAUCAACUGAGAGCCAUUCUGAGAAAUGCUAUUUACCCUGUCAGAAUCAAUAAUCUGAAUCAAAUCACUGGUGUUAACAUGUCUACAGUUUGCUUCCCAAAUGGUACUGGAUUCCAGUGCAGAUGUGAGGACCAGUAUCGUUGGUCAUGUGACCAGUGUGUCUCUUACGGGAAAUGUGAUGACAUCACAUCUGACACGUGUGGAUGUAUCAAUGCCAUUCCUACAGAUGGACAGUACUGCCAGUCUGUUCUCCACCAAAACUUCACAGCAUGUCCAACAACAACAGCCUCUCCUACAACAGUUCCAACAGUACCACCAACUCUCUAUGAGUACAUGAUUGAAAUUGAACUGAACACCACAGACGUUACAGUGAUAGAUCAACUGAGAGCCAUUCUGAGAAAUGCUAUUUACCCUGUCAGAAUCAAUAAUCUGACACAAAUCACUGGUGUUAACAUGUCUACAGUUUGCUUCCCAAAUGCUACUGGAUUCCAGUGCAGAUGUGAGGACCAGUAUCGUUGGUCAUGUGACCAGUGUGUCUCUUUUGGGAAUUGUGAUGACAUCACAUCUGACACGUGUGGAUGUAUCAAUGCCAUUCCUCCAGAUGGACAGUACUGCCAGUCUGUUCUCCACCAAAACUUUACAGCAUGUCCAACAACAACAGCCUCUCCGACAACAGUUCCAACAGUACCACCAACUCUCUAUGAGUACAUGAUUGAAAUUGAACUGAACACCACAGACGUUACAGUGAUAGAUCAACUGAGAGCCAUUCUGAGAAAUGCUAUUUACCCUGUCAGAAUCAAUAAUCUGAAUCAAAUCACUGGUGUUAACAUGUCUACAGUUUGCUUCCCAAAUGGUACUGGAUUCCAGUGCAGAUGUGAGGACCAGUAUCGUUGGUCAUGUGACCAGUGUGUCUCUUACGGGAAAUGUGAUGACAUCACAUCUGACACGUGUGGAUGUAUCAAUGCCAUUCCUACAGAUGGACAGUACUGCCAGUCUGUUCUCCACCAAAACUUCACAGCAUGUCCAACAACAACAGCCUCUCCUACAACAGUUCCAACAGUACCACCAACUCUCUAUGAGUACAUGAUUGAAAUUGAACUGAACACCACAGACGUUACAGUGAUAGAUCAACUGAGAGCCAUUCUGAGAAAUGCUAUUUACCCUGUCAGAAUCAAUAAUCUGACACAAAUCACUGGUGUUAACAUGUCUACAGUUUGCUUCCCAAAUGCUACUGGAUUCCAGUGCAGAUGUGAGGACCAGUAUCGUUGGUCAUGUGACCAGUGUGUCUCUUUUGGGAAUUGUGAUGACAUCACAUCUGACACGUGUGGAUGUAUCAAUGCCAUUCCUCCAGAUGGACAGUACUGCCAGUCUGUUCUCCACCAAAACUUUACAGCAUGUCCAACAACAACAGCCUCUCCGACAACAGUUCCAACAGUACCACCAACUCUCUAUGAGUACAUGAUUGAAAUUGAACUGAACACCACAGACGUUACAGUGAUAGAUCAACUGAGAGCCAUUCUGAGAAAUGCUAUUUACCCUGUCAGAAUCAAUAAUCUGAAUCAAAUCACUGGUGUUAACAUGUCUACAGUUUGCUUCCCAAAUGGUACUGGAUUCCAGUGCAGAUGUGAGGACCAGUAUCGUUGGUCAUGUGACCAGUGUGUCUCUUACGGGAAAUGUGAUGACAUCACAUCUGACACGUGUGGAUGUAUCAAUGCCAUUCCUACAGAUGGACAGUACUGCCAGUCUGUUCUCCACCAAAACUUCACAGCAUGUCCAACAACAACAGCCUCUCCUACAACAGUUCCAACAGUACCACCAACUCUCUAUGAGUACAUGAUUGAAAUUGAACUGAACACCACAGACGUUACAGUGAUAGAUCAACUGAGAGCCAUUCUGAGAAAUGCUAUUUACCCUGUCAGAAUCAAUAAUCUGACACAAAUCACUGGUGUUAACAUGUCUACAGUUUGCUUCCCAAAUGCUACUGGAUUCCAGUGCAGAUGUGAGGACCAGUAUCGUUGGUCAUGUGACCAGUGUGUCUCUUUUGGGAAUUGUGAUGACAUCACAUCUGACACGUGUGGAUGUAUCAAUGCCAUUCCUCCAGAUGGACAGUACUGCCAGUCUGUUCUCCACCAAAACUUUACAGCAUGUCCAACAACAACAGCCUCUCCGACAACAGUUCCAACAGUACCACCAACUCUCUAUGAGUACAUGAUUGAAAUUGAACUGAACACCACAGACGUUACAGUGAUAGAUCAACUGAGAGCCAUUCUGAGAAAUGCUAUUUACCCUGUCAGAAUCAAUAAUCUGAAUCAAAUCACUGGUGUUAACAUGUCUACAGUUUGCUUCCCAAAUGGUACUGGAUUCCAGUGCAGAUGUGAGGACCAGUAUCGUUGGUCAUGUGACCAGUGUGUCUCUUACGGGAAAUGUGAUGACAUCACAUCUGACACGUGUGGAUGUAUCAAUGCCAUUCCUACAGAUGGACAGUACUGCCAGUCUGUUCUCCACCAAAACUUCACAGCAUGUCCAACAACAACAGCCUCUCCUACAACAGUUCCAACAGUACCACCAACUCUCUAUGAGUACAUGAUGGAAAUUGAAGUGAACACCACAGACGUUACAGUGAUAGAUCAACUGAGAGCCAUUCUGAGAAAUGCUAUUUACCCUGUCAGAAUCAAUAAUCUGACACAAAUCACUGGUGUUAACAUGUCUACAGUUUGCUUCCCAAAUGGUACUGGAUUCCAGUGCAGAUGUGAGGACCAGUAUCGUUGGUCAUGUGACCAGUGUGUCUCUUAUGGGAAAUGUGAUGACAUCACAUCUGACACGUGUGGAUGUAUCAAUGCCAUUCCUCCAGAUGGACAGUACUGCCAGUCUGUUCUCCACCAAAACUUUACAGCAUGUCCAACAACAACAGCCUCUCCGACAACAGACUCUACAACACCUGAGGCCAGCACUACAGAACAAAUAACUACAGUUGAUAACACAACACAACUGACCACAGUUACCAACUCUACAACACCUGAGGCCAGCACUACAGAACAAAUAACCACAGUUGAUAACACAACACAACUGAUCACAGUUACCAACUCUACAACACCUGAAGCCAGUACUACAGAACAAAUAACCACAGUUGAUAACACAACACAACUGAUCACAGUUACCAACUCUACAACACCUGAGGCCAGCACUACAGAACAAAUAACCACAGUUGAUAACACAACACAACUGAUCACAGUUACCAACUCUACAACACCUGAGGCCAGCACUACAGAACAAAUAACCACAGUUGAUAACACAACACAACUGAUCACAUUUACCAACUCUACAACACCUGAGGCCAGCACUACAGAACAAAUAACUACAGUUGAUAACACAACACAACUGAUCACAGUUACCAACUCUACAACACCUGAGGCCAGCACUACAGAACAAAUAACUACAGUUGAUAACACAACACAACUGAUCACAGUUACCAACUCUACAACACCUGAGGCCAGCACUACAGAACAAAUAACUACAGUUGAUAACACAACACAACUGAUCACAGUUACCAACUCUACAACACCUGAGGCCAGCACUACAGAACAAAUAACCACUGUUGAUAACACAACACAACUGAUCACAGUUACCAACUCUACAACACCUGAGGCCAGCACUACAGAACAAAUAACCACAGUUGAUAACACAACACAACUGACCACAGUUACCAACUCUACAACACCUGAGGCCAGCACUACAGAACAAAUAACCACAAUUGAUAACACAACACAACUGACCACAGUUACCAACUCUACAACACCUGAGGCCAGCACUACAGAACAAAUAACCACAGUUGAUAACACAACACAACUGACCACAGUUACCAACUCUACAACACCUGAGGCCAGCACUACAGAACAAAUAACCACAGUUGAUAACACAACACAACUGAUCACAGUUACCAACUCUACAACAUCUACACCCACAACAGAACAAAUUACUACAGCUGACCCCACAACACAACUGACCACAGUUGAUAACACAACACAACUGACUACAGUUGAUAACACAACACAACUGAACCCAGUUACCAACUCUACAACACCUGAGGCCAGCACUACAGAACAAAUAACUACAGUUGAUAACACAACACAACUGACCACAGUUACCAACUCUACAACACCUGAGGCCAGCACUACAGAACAAAUAACCACAGUUGAUAACACAACACAACUGAUCACAUUUACCAACUCUACAACACCUGAGGCCAGCACUACAGAACAAAUAACUACAGUUGAUAACACAACACAACUGAUCACAGUUACCAACUCUACAACACCUGAGGCCAGCACUACAGAACAAAUAACCACUGUUGAUAACACAACACAACUGAUCACAGUUACCAACUCUACAACACCUGAGGCCAGCACUACAGAACAAAUAACCACAGUUGAUAACACAACACAACUGAUCACAGUUACCAACUCUACAACAUCUACACCCACAACAGAACAAAUUACUACAGCUGACCCCACAACACAACUGACCACAGUUGAUAACACAACACAACUGACUACAGUUGAUAACACAACACAACUGAACCCAGUUACCAACUCUACAACACCUGAGGCCAGCACUACAGAACAAAUAACUACAGUUGAUAACACAACACAACUGACCACAGUUACCAACUCUACGACACCUGAGGCCAGCACUACAGAACAAAUGACCAAAGUUACCAACUCUACAACAACUCCACCCACAACAGGACAAAGUACUACAGCUGACCCCACAACACAACUGACCACAAUUACCAACUUUACUACACCUGCAGCUACAACAAAUCAGACCACUACAGUUGACCCCACAACACAACCGACCACAGACACGAGAACUACAGUAACUACUGAACCACCACCAGCAACUACAAAAACGACACCACCAACAACAAUACCACCAACAACACCACCAACAACAGUACCACCACCAACAACAAUACCACCACCAACACCACCAACACCACCAACAACAACACCACCAACACCACCAACAACAACACCACCAUCAACUACAAAACCAGCUGAUAUUCUGUUGCUGGCGAUGUCCUUCAAAAUGAAUGAAGAGUUCACCAACGACCUAAAUGAUAAAAAUAGUGUCAAAUACAAAAAGUACAGAGACGAUAUUGAACCAGUUAUCCAGGCCCAGUAUAGGAAGAACAUGCCAGGGUUUAUUUCAGCAGCAUUGACAAGUUUCAGCCGUGGAAGUGUUAUAGCCAACUUUGAUGUUAAGACCACAGCUGCAGACCCCACUGCAAUUAACAAAGCUAAUGCUGGACUUGCAACAUCACUUCCAGCUGUUUAUCAAGUUGACAUUAGCUCUUUCAAUAUCAUUUAUAGCAGUAGCACAGUAUUACGUUAUAAACCAACUACCAUUUACACUGAUGGCACCAUGACUCUGGAGUGUGGACCACCUCCUGAUACUGUAAAGAUGGGAACCAUUAAAAGCGUUGAGUGGAAACGAAAGGGAAGAGUUUUAACAUCGACUGGAAGGUUCACCAUCAAUACAGAUGAUUUUGCAUCAAAAAAGACAACACUUGGUAUCAAAAAUGUAAUUGCUGAUGAUAAAGGGGAAUAUGAAUGCACUCUGAAGAGUGACGAAAUCUAUUUCUACCAAAUGGGUCAAAUUGACAUCAAAGAUGCUCCCAUUAUUCAAACGAAGACAGAAAUCAAUACCAAAUGUGUGCCGGGGAAUAAUCAGCCAUUGGAGUGUUGUGUGCAGACUCCCUAUAAACUAAUGUGGAAAGAAGGCAAUGUAGUAUUGCUCACAAAUGAGACUUCUGACAAUUGCAUUCAAUAUAAAUAUCAAAUUCAAAACUGUGAUGUAUCAUCCAAAGUUGUCAAAUUAACAUGCCAAGUGAAAGACCCAACAGGAUAUGAAAAGACUACAAAAUUGACUAUUUUCGUAGGAGUUGAAAUUUGCAACAAUCUGGAAUAUGGUAGUGGCCAAGAGAAAGACACAUCAGUGGCACCAUGUAAGAAAGGUGAGGAUGGAAUAAAGACAGCGAUUUGUAAAAGUGGACUUUGGAUACCUCAGACUGACACUUGUGUCUUGACUGCAAUCAAUGAGCUACUGACCUCAUCUCAGGACUUGAAAGAGGCAACAGUUGAAGAAUUUUUAACAAAACUGAAUAAUACCGCUGUUGAUCUAAAAGAGAAAAUCGUCAGUUCAAGUGCAACUAUUUCGACCAUUGUUGAUAUUCUGAGAAUUGUUGCAAGCGUUUCAAAGAAUAUCAGCCAGUCUGAGAUAAAGAACAUUCUAGAAACAGUGAAUGUCCUAGUUUCUGAUGAAGCAAAAGAAUCCUGGGUCUUUCUCAAUGCCGACCAAAAUAAGAACACCAGCUCUAGUUUACUGGGCUCCAUGGAAUUUUUUGCAGGUUCUCUCCCAACGACGUCCUUUAAUGUGACAACAAAACUAAUUCAGUUAAACCAAGACACAUUUGACAACUCAUUCAGCACAAACUUAAAUUCAAGUGUGUUAAUAGAGAUUCCAGAGACUAAUUCCAAACACCUCACCAUCACCACUCUAACGUUCCACACCCUCAGAAAUGUGUUACCUGCCAGGAACGGCAGCAACCAAAGUGCCAAUGACAACACCAUCAAUGGUGUUGUAGUGAUGGUGAAGUUGAAUGGAACGACUAAAAAUGUCUCAUUGAGCUUCGACAAGUUUAACAAGUCGCUCACAUUCAAUCCUCAGUGUGUUUUCUGGAACUUCAGCCUUUUUAACAGCCUUGGAGGAUGGGAUGACACAGGAUGUAAACUGAAGUCUAAUGAGAAGGGCAAGGUCACCUGUCACUGUAACCAUCUGACCUCCUUCUCCAUUUUGAUGUCAACUUCCAUUCCGAAAGAGAUUCAAGAUGCUUUGGAUAUAAUCACUUAUGUUGGAGUUGGCAUAUCGAUGGGUAGCUUAGUAAUUUGUCUCAUCAUUGAGGCUUGUGUAUGGAAGGCCAUGACCAGAAACAACACCUCUUACAUGCGCCAUGUCUCCAUUGUGAACAUCGCUGUGUCUCUCCUGAUUGCCGACAUUUGGUUCAUUAUUGGUGCAUCAAUAUCAAAAAAUACCCUUGAAAACCCAGGCGAAGACACCAGAACACCUAUACCGGCAUGUACUGCAGCUACGUUUUUCAUUCACUUUUUCUACCUUGCUCUGUUCUUUUGGAUGCUGAUCUCAGGCCUUCUCCUUUUCUACCGGACCAUCUUGGUUUUCUCCCAUAUGUCAAAAUCAACUAUGCUGGCGAUUGGCUUCUCAGUAGGCUAUGGGGCACCUCUUAUCAUUGCUGUUGUUACUGUGGCAGCAACAGCUCCUAGUGGUGGAUACAUCAAGGAAAACCAGGCAUGUUGGCUCAACUGGGACAAGACAAUGGCUCUCCUUGCUUUUGUGAUCCCUGCCCUGACCAUAGUGGUCAUCAACUUUUUGAUCCUGAUUGUGGUUCUGUACAAAAUGCUGAGGAGAGGGGUGGGGGAUGCUACCCAGCCAGAUGAGAGAAAUGCUGUUGUGGUCAUUGCCAGGUGUCUGGCCAUUCUGACUCCAUUCUUUGGCCUUACCUGGGGACUGGGAGUAGGAACCAUGAUUGAUCCAACAAAUAAGGGAAUCCAUGUUGUAUUUGCCCUCUUCAAUUCACUACAGGGUUUCUUUGUUUUGGUGUUUGGAACACUUUUAGACGGCAAGAUCCGGUCAGCUAUAGUAGGAACGUUCUCUUCCAUCCUCCCAGGCUCUGACCGUACGAGGAGUACCAGUGGUGGCGCGGCAACAUCAUCAACCAGUGCAUUAAACUUCAUCCGAAGAAGGAUAAGGAGGAAUGUCUACAAUGUUUCGGAAGUUGCAAAUUCUUCCAACAGCACUGGUGCUACAGAGUCUUUCAUCAACACCUAAAAGUACCCAAUGGUCAUACUUGAGUUAAAGUAUAGAUACCUUACUAUGAAGUUACUCAGGUAAAAGUCACUCAGUGAAAAACUACUUGAGUAAAUUGAUUUGUUUUUAAAUAUACUUAAGUAUCAAAAGUAAAUGUAAUUGAUAAAAAUAUACGUAAGUAUCAAAAGUAAAAGUAUAAAUAAUUUAAAAUUCUUUCUUUUAAGCAAAGCAGAUGGCACCAUUUUAUUGUUUUUAAAAUGUAUGUUUAGCCAAGAAUUAUAGCCUUUGACCUGGACCUGCCAUAAAACAUGGCUUGGUCCAACACACAAUGAAUCUAUUGAUGUGAAGAUUUGUGGACUUUUCUGGAAUAAUGUUGUGAGUUCUACAGUGCCUUGCAAAAUGAUUCAUCCUCAUUUCCUAUUUUGUUGCAUUAAAACCUGUAAUUUAAAUAGAUUUUUAUUUGGAUUUCAUGCAAUGGACAUACAAAAUAAUCAAAAUUGGUGAAAUGAAAUUUAAAAAAUAACUUGUUUAAAAAAAUUAAAAAUAUUAUAACACGGAAAAGUGGUGUGUGCAUAUGUAUUCACCCCCUUUGCUGUGAAGUCCCCAAAUAAGAUCUUGUGCAACCAAUUACCUUCAUAACUCACAUAAUUUGUUAAAUGAAGUCCACCUGUGUGCAAUCUAAGUGUCACAUGAUCUGUCACAUGACCUCAGUAUAUAUACACCUGUUCUGAAUGGUCCCAAAGUCUGCAACACCACUAAGCAAGGGGCACCACCAAGCAAGCGGAACCAUGAAGACCAAGGAGCUCUCCAAACAGGUCAGGGACAAAGUUGUGGAGAAGUACAAAUCAUGGUUGGGUUAUACAAAAUAU